AUGGUCAUAACGGCCAGAGUGGGAACCGGCCUCGUCAAGCGGAUCCUUGUCGACACCGGGGCUGAUUCAAACAUCAUGUUCCACAACGUGUUCGACGCACUGGGGCUGAAGGAUGCCGACCUGACGACCCACCAGCACGGGGUUAUCGGGUUAGGCGACCACUUCAUCAAACCAGACGGGGUCAUUUCCCUGCCGAUCUCGGUAGGCCAGAAGCAAGGCCGAAGAUCGGCGAUGGCCGAAUUCGUGAUCCUCCGAGACUCCACAGCCUACAACAUCAUCUUGGGAAGAAAAACAAUCAAUGAUUUUGAAGCCAUAAUCAACACCAAGCUGCUAGUUAUGAAGUUUGUCGCCGAUGAUGGAUCCAUAGGGACCAUAAGAGGAGACCUCGAGACGGCGGUCGCUUGUGACAACGCCAGCCUUUCCCUCAGGAAGAAGUCCAAGGAAGCAUCUGGCGUAUUCCUGGCCGACCUUGAUGCCAGAGUAGAGGACAACCCGAGGCCGGAACCAGAAGGGGACCUGGAGAAAUUUAGCAUCGGCGACGAAGGGGAAAAGUUCACAUUCGUUAACAAGAACCUCCCGCAUGAGUUGAAGGAGCCUUUGAUUGAAAUGAUAAGGGCCAACAAGGACCUCUUCGCAUGGACGCCAGCCGACAUGCCGGGCAUUGAUCCACAAAUCAUUUCACAUCACUUAGCCGUCAAGCCAGACGCACGCCCAGUGGCUCAGCGAAGGAGAAAGAUGUCGGCAGAAAGAGCGGAGGAGGUAGCCAAGCAAACGGCCGGCCUCCUAGAGGCAGGUUUCAUACGGGAAGUAGACUACUCGACGUGGCUCUCAAAUGUGGUGUUAGUGAAAAAACACAAUGGCAGGUGGAGAAUGUGCGUGGACUACUCUGACCUUAACAAAGCAUGCCCCAAAGAUUGCUUCCCACUCCCCAACAUAGAUGCACUCGUCGACGCUGCGGCGGGGUACCGGUAUCUGAGUUUCAUGGAUGCCUACUCUGGUUACAAUCAGAUACCGAUGCACCGACCAGACGAGGACAAAACGGCGUUCAUAACGCCAGGAGGAACGUUCUGCUAUAAGGUAAUGCCAUUUGGCUUAAAAAAUGCAGGGGCAACGUAUCAAAGGCUGAUGAACAGGAUAUUCCACAACCUCAUAGGAAAAACGGUCGAAGUUUACGUGGACGACAUCCUGGCAAAGACAACACGACCUGAUGACCUCCUAAACGACCUGGCAAGCGUAUUCGCGUCCCUCCGUCAACAUGGUAUGAGGCUGAACCCCCUCAAGUGCGCCUUCGCCAUGGAAGCCGGCAAGUUCCUGGGAUUCAUGAUAACUCAAAGAGGGGUAGAGGCUAACCCGGAGAAGUGCCAGUCGGUUAGAUUCGAGUUUCCCAUCUCGAACAACCAAGCAGAGUAUGAAGCCCUCAUAGGAGGCUUGACCCUAGCAGCAGAGGUCGGCGCAAGAAGGCUGGAAGUAUGCAGCGAUUCCCAAGUCGUCACUUCCCAAGUAAACGGCAGCUACCAAGCCAAAGACCCCCUGCUUCUGAAGUACUUGGAAAAGGUUAAGAGUUUGAGCCAAAAGUUCGAAGAGGUCACGGUCCAUCACGUACCCAGAGAAAGGAACACACGGGCAGACCUUCUAUCGAAGUUGGCCAGCACAAAGCCAGGGGAGGGGAACCGGUCUCUCAUCCAAGGCAUGACAAGAGAACCAGCAAUUGCACUGCACAUGACAACCCUAGGUUCCUCGUGGCUAGACCCCAUCACCAACUUCCUAGAACACGGCCAAGUCCCUGGUGAUGAAAAGGACGCGACGAAGUUAAGAAGGGAAGCAGCCAAAUACGCCGUCAUCCAAGGACAGCUGUUCAAGAAAGGGCUCAGCCAACCCCUACUGAAGUGCCUACACCCCGACCAAACGGACUACGUCCUCAGGGAAGUCCAUGAGGGCUGCUGCGGGCACCACAUCGGGGGCAAAGCCCUAGCAAGGAAAUUAAUCCGAGCUGGAUACUACUGGCCGUCGAUGAUGGCAGAUGCCAAAGAGUUUGUCAAAAAGUGCGUAAAGUGCCAACAGAACGCCAACUUUGCCCGGGCGCCGGCCUCCGAGUUAAGCUUGCUAACGACCUCCCGGCCAUUCGCUCAAUGGGGAGUCGACCUCUUAGGACCCUUCCCGGUCGGCCCUGGGCAGGUCAAAUAUCUCAUAGUUGCAAUUGAUUACUAUACCAAAUGGAUAGAAGCUGAGCCGCUAGCUAGCAUAUCUUCGGCCAAUUGCAGGAAAUUCAUGUGGAGGCACGUAAUAACACGGUUCGGGAUACCGGAAGUCGUCAUCUCGGACAACGGCACGCAGUUUACUGACAAAAAAUUUGCGGAAUUUCUCAGCGGCCUGGGUAUAAGGCAAAGGUUCUCUUCGGUAGAACACCCCCAGACGAACGGGCAGGUGGAAUCCGCCAACAAGGUCAUCCUUUCAGGGCUGAAAAAGAGGUUGGACAAUAAAAAGGGUGCGUGGGCCGAUGAACUAGCAGCGGUUCUCUGGUCCUACCGAACAACUGAACAGUCAUCCACUAAGGAAACUCCUUUCCGACUAACGUACGGUGUGGACGCAGUAAUACCAGUAGAGAUCGGGGAACCAAGUCCGCGGUUGCUCCUAAAGGGAGUGGAAGAAACAAUAGAAAAGGACUUGAUAGAUGAAGCCAGGGAAAUGGCCCAUUUGACAGAAAUAGCGCUAAAACAAAGAAUGGCUCUGCGCUACAACACCAAAGUACUCAAGAGGGAAUUCGAGCCAAACGACCUCGUCCUGAGGCGAAAUGAUAUCGGCCUACCGACCCCCGGAGAAGGCAAGCUGGCGGCUAACUGGGAAGGCCCAUUUAGAGUAAAAAAAGUGAUGGGAAAAGGAGCAUACAAACUAGAAAGACUCGACGGCAAGGAAGUCCCGAGAACUUGGAAUGCGGACAACCUUAGAAGAUUCUACUCCUAG